AUGUCGAGUCCGAGCUCCACAGAGCUGAUUCAUGCAUAUCGUCAACUCUACCGCGGCCUCCUCCAUGCCGUCCAAUUCUCGAAACCAUCCAGAUAUAUUGCGCGCGACCAACUGAGGAACGCCUUUCGCAAAGGAGACCCAACUACCUUCGACCAGCAAAAAGUAACUCGGACAGUGGAAUUCCUCAAUUAUGCAGCUCAGGAAAGAGGUCUUGAGCACAGAAUUAUCAAGAAUUUAUUUCUGACGAAAUAUUGGGAGAAGAGGGAAGAACACGUGCUACAAAAAAUGGCAAAACUUCCCGCUCAGAAGGAAAUUAGGAGGACAGCUAGGACGCAUUAUGAGAUGACCCUGGCUAUGCUCAAUGAUAGUAUGGGGCUCUGUUUGCGAUGA